GUUUGAAUUUGAAAAUCAUCCAGAUGAGUCUUUGCGAGCGGGUUGUGACAAGCGUGGGUCAGGAUUGCACCGAGGGUCGAAUCUUCUACGCCAACCGAUGUCACAAAAUAAGCGACAUUCCAAGCAUGCACAUCACAGAGCCUGUUGGACAGACAUCCACUCGCUUUCGACAUGAGUCCUGCUGUCAAUGUCUCUUCAAUUUGGCAAUAAAAUCCCGCAGACAUCGCAGAGAGGUUUUCCUAAAUUGACACAGCCGAGAAUAUGCAUGGUCCGCCCUCUCCUUCCUUCGCACGAGCGCUUACAUGUCCGGUUUCUGUAGCAGUAUGUCUUUGGCGAGCGGCUCAAGGGCGAGAAAAGCGGCCUUCCUUCCCGUACCACCCUCCCUGCGCAAGGGUUUGAGAUGCAUCGAAUACGCACCUUUACAUGUGUCAGCUUACUUGGUGAAGGACUCCUUCCAUCUGGCUUGGAACUCCUCACUCGCACACAGGAGGGACACAGCCUCGAGAGCAAGAGCCUAUAUGCAAGCCAGACCAAGAGCACACGCGUCACAAUACAGACGGAUCAUAUGAAUCUUACACGCAUUUCACUGGGGUAUGUAGCACAGUUCGCCACGAUAUGGUUGGGCACGAGCUCCAGCAAACCACAGUCGCACAGCACACUCACAACCUGACGAACAAGCAAGAGAUGGCGCUAGUCUCAUUUGUCUAUCCCUUUACGACAUGUCUUGUCUCACCUCUGCCUCGUUGAGCUUCUCUAUGUGCUGGGCCACGGAAUGGAAAUACGCCAGCACAACUGUCUCCUGCAACCUCAGUGGUCGCUGUGUCCCAUUCUGGCCCUCAAUGUCCCACGCUUUGAUCUUCAGGCCAGAUCCUCUCCUCUCAUCGGAACCCCGUCUGUGGCCGUCGAGCUUCAGCUCAGACGAGCUGCCCUUCGUCGAAACAAACUGCACAGGUUUCCCGCUCAGAGAUGCACUGCUGCUGGUGGAGCUGUCUUCUCGAAAUCGCUGGGGUUCUGGAUCGGCCGAGGCGUCACAGUCCUGAGGAACAAGUGAAGUGAAGAUAUUCACUUGUCUGUUUCUUGCUAUUGUAGUAUACCAGUGGCCUCUUAUUUGCAUUCCUAAGGACGAGUUCUAUGUGUCUCGCGAUGAGGGGGACAUCAGUCAGCUGAAGUGUCUCGACAUGAGUGAAGCCUGGACACACAGGAGAGGCAGGACCACUCUGUAAGGAUCCCUUGAUGUCAGCCGUGCUUACCUUGCCUGAGAAGAAGACCCAACGCCUCUUCAAAAGCAGCCAUGCGGGACAAAACAGUCGACUGAUGUGGUCCAUAGAUAACACUCCACCCACAAGCCAACAUAUCGGGACCGUCUCUCGUACCUUUGGCAUGCCCUCCUUGUCGCAUGCCCUGUCUAUGUGCCUGUCCAUCUCGUCAGGUCUGUUCUGCAGCUGCUUGAACUCGUGAAGCAGACGCAGACACAAAUUCACCUGCAGAGAUGGCAGCGCAACAGAAAUCGAUGCUGUCUCCUGCCGGCGUGAAGAUAUUUCGGUCGACCUUUGCCUCCUCCACCAUGAUUCGUAUAACAUCUUCCCUGAUGUCCUGAUCCCAUAACGUGCCCUCGCUCGCACGACCUGACAAAACAAGCAAACGCAGAUCAGUCAGACACCGCAAAGGGAGCGUGAAUCGUCCUCACCGACGGCGCGACUGCCAUUUUCCGCUUCCUUCAUGGUCUCCACGUGGGGCAUCAGGCUUUCAAGCGAGGCCAAGCGGUAGAGGUGCUCAAUGUUGUCCACCAGAUGGAACCAUUCAUGCGUCAUGAUGGGCACCCUUUGUAUCUGCCGAGUGCAUCUCCUGGCAGCAUCGAGCCUCACUUGAUUUGGGUCCUUGCCGUCCGGUCCACCCUUGCCUGCGCUGUAGGUCAGGAUCCUUGGUCGGCCUUUUGACCCGCCCUCGGGGAGGGAGCCUCGCCUGAACAUCAUGCGAUGCGGGCUGUCUUGGGGGGCGUCUAAGAGACGACAAACAACCGGAUGGCAGACCAGGGCCAAAAGGGAAAGCCGCUGAAAGGGACCAAGACUCCUAGGGCUCUCAAAAUGCAGGGUGCG